UUUCCUACCGGCAUUAUUAUUGAUUGCACCGUCCUUCACAAUGAGGAUACCGGCUUCUGGUUGCAGAGGACACUUUGUCAAUAUUGACCCAUGAGGAAAUUGUGCACCAACUUCAGUUGCAGAGGACACUUUGUCAAUAUCGACCCAUGAGGAAAUUGUGCACCAACUUCUGGUUCCUUUUGAAUCACAUCUUUGAGAUGUCAACCAUGGUGAUGAUUAAAGUGGGACCGUUCUGAGCGAGCUAACGCAACCAUGUUGUCAAGAUGUGUCGUUGCACGCUUCUCUCUGAAGUGGAGGUGUUACUGGGAAUCCAGUGUUGACCUGAAUUGUUGGUCUUCCCAUCCAAGGCGAUGGUUUUUAGUAAAUGCGGUCCAGAGGAGAGCUCAUACCCCGACGAGAGCUCCCUCGUCGAGAAUCACCCGGAAGCCGGCGUUUGCUCGAGCUCCAGCAUUUGGAGAGCGAACGGCCGUGAUGGACUCGAGCGGCAGCCACAGCUACAAGCAGCUGUACGCUAGCAGCUUGGGCCUUGCGGGAAGAAUCAACGCCGCGCUACACUCUGACUUGGGAUGCCUGGAAGGUCGACCCAUCUCCUUCCUGUGUGCUAAUGAUGCUUCUUAUACGGUGGCCCAGUGGGCCAUUUGGAUGAGCGGUGGGACGGCGGUUCCGCUCUACAAAAAACACCCAGCAUCAGAACUAGAGUACAUCAUAAGAGACUCCCAUAGUGCUCUGUUGGUGGCCGGGCAGCCCUUUGCUGAAAUCUCGGAACCCCUGGCACAGAGACUGUCGCUGCCUUACCUCACACUUCCCCCCACUUCCAAACUCGACACUUUAAACAGCAACGACGGCCAAGAUGUGGACGCGGCCAGCACGGACUGGACUGAGCGGCCGGCCAUGAUCAUCUACACUAGUGGUACGACCGGGAGGCCCAAGGGCGUUCUUCACACGCACGGCAGCAUUCAAGCCAUGGUGCGGUGUCUGGUGUCGGAGUGGGCGUGGUCCCGCGAUGACGUCAUCCUCCACACGCUGCCGCUCCACCACGUGCACGGCAUCGUAAACAAGCUGCUGUGUCCUCUUUGGGUCGGCGCCACUUGCGUCAUGCUGCCUGAUUUCCAUCCCCAAAAGGUAUGGGAGAUGCUGCUGAGCUCCAAAGCUCCAGCGGUUACGGUUUUCAUGGCCGUGCCAACCAUCUACUCCAAACUCAUCCACUAUUACGACCAGCACUUGACUCAGCCCCACGUCAAGGACUUUGUCAGAGCAGUGUGCAAAGAAAAAAUCAGACUGAUGGUCUCCGGCUCUGCUGCUCUCCCGCUGCCCACUCUGCAACGCUGGCAGGAAAUCACGGGGCACACGCUGCUGGAGCGCUACGGCAUGACGGAGAUCGGCAUGGCGCUGUCCAAUCCUCUGAAGGGCCCGCGCGUCCCAGGAGCUGUUGGCUCGCCGCUGCCUGGUGUGGAAGUGCGCAUUGUCAUGGAAAACAUGAACAACACCAUCAUUGUGGAGGGAAACCACAGGGAGAACCAGCUACGGCCAGGUCUGGAAGGGAAGGAAGGGGAACUGCUCGUCCGAGGUCCAUCUGUCUUUAAGGAGUAUUGGAACAAACCUCAAGACACCAUCGCCUCUUUUGCAGAUGACGGCUGGUUCAAAACUGGCGACACGGCAGUAUUCAAAGAUGGCGUCUAUUGGAUCAUGGGCCGCACCAGCGUGGACAUCAUCAAGAGCGGCGGCUAUAAGAUCAGCGCCCUCGAAGUGGAGCGCCACCUGCUGGCUCAUCCAGACAUCAUGGACGUGGCUGUGCUGGGCGCACCGGACGAUACGUGGGGACAAAAGGUCACCGCCGUGGUUCAGCUGAAGGAAGGUCACAAUCUGACCUUGCCGGAUUUGAAGACGUGGGCAAGAGAACGCAUGGCGUCCUCCGCCGUCCCCACCGGCCUGCUUGUGGUGGAGCAGAUACCGAGGAACCAAAUGGGCAAGGUCAACAAGAAGGACCUCCUCAGACACUUCUUCCCGUAAAUUCAGCACUCCAUUUUAAAGCACGUGAACAUCUUCCAAAAAUCAUCUGGUUGUGAUUUUUCUUUCCCCUCGAAAUAAAACGAGAGUGUUGAAAUUU